UUAACUUAAAUAAUUUUGCUUUCGUUGUCUUGAAUGUUAUUAAGGACAUUGUAACUGUACACAUAGCUUACGCUUGUAUGGUGGCCAGUUUACAUGCCCACCCUUGUUUUAGUAGCUUAGCUAGUCUUUAGUCACAAAUAUUCACUGUAAAGCUGUUCUGUUCUAUAUAGUCUAACUUUUACUUUAGUAGCUUUAUGUUCGUCGUAUCGUCGAAUGAACAGUAUUGCAGUAUUCACACGUGGGCGUUUUUACAAGGAAGGAAACCAGAAGCGAACAAAAGAGAAACAAUGGCGAAGAUUACAGAGAAACUUAUACUGGAGAAAGGCUCUCCAAAAAGCAAGAAACUUGAAGACAUCAAGACAUUAAAUCUUUCCAAGCUUGGGCUGAAAUGUGCAGACUUACCGGUCAAGCUGUUGUCCCGUCUUCAGUCCCUGGAGCACUGGGAUCUGUCUGGAAACAGACUGCAAGAGCUACCUAAAGACCUAGUCCUGCCCGAAUUGCGAUGCCUGGACCUGAGCGACAACCAGAUGGAGGACGUCACCUCUCUGGAGUCCUUGUGCAACCUGGAGGAGCUCAAGAUGGAGGACAACCUUUAUAUUACUGUGAGUGACAAUUACAAGCUCAUGUCACUCCUGCCCAAUUUGAGGAGCUACAACGGCAAAGACAUUACCACCACCGCCAACCAUGUUCGCUUUGUGUUCACUGAGAACCUGAGGACCAGGAUUGUUGCAGUUUGGGAGAAGAGCUUUGGUCUCCCUGAUCCUUUGACAGAGGAGAAACUGUCCGCCCUGGAGGAAGACUUUGUUAACACCGCACGCCAGCAGGUGAAAUACGGACCCAGUUCGGUCAGCAACUUCACAAAGUGGAAGGUUGCGAUCAUGGCCACAGAGUAUAUUCGCUGUCUGAUGGAAGCAAAGGAAGAAACGUCCAACAAGACUGAUGAAGUCUCAACCCCUGUCAAAAGGAAGCAACAAACUCCCUUGGCGACAGACUCCGAAAUGCAUCUGAGACCCAAAAAGCUGCGGUCCGAUCCAUUGGCAUCCUCUGUUGAUGACAGCCCUCGCAAGUCCAGCCUUCGCCUUAAAACUAUUACUGCCAGCAUUCCCUUACGCCCCCAUAGGAGGGCGCAGUGUUCCUCCACGCCUACGCCAACGUCGCCGAAGAAAGAGGUGGCAAGCAGGCGUUCAAAUGUGCGGACUGUGCAGAUAACGGCAGCCAAUGGAGCUCAAGAUGAACGCAAGGACACGAGUGAUGAUGUGAUGAAGAGCAGCAGCAAGACAAGGCCGGUGCGUCUGCAGCCUCUCCACGUGCUGCAGUGCCACAGCAAGCAGGACAGCUCAGAGGACUUCUCCACUCAGCUGUGGGCCUGCGCCUUCCAGCCUCAGCCUGACUCUUCUGGAAGCCGCUUGGUCGCAACUUGCGGUGGAGACUCUCUGUGUGUGAUAGACUGCGAGACAGGCAUGGUCAUGAAGAAGUAUAAAAUCCCUGGAGAGGAGUUCUUUACGUUGGGCUGGUCCACGGUGCUGAUGUCCAGAGGGGGUGGGGCCUCUGCGCAGCCCUGCAGCAUCCUGGCGGCGGGCGGAAAGCGAGGCCUGGUCAAGCUGAUUCACCCCAAAUACAACGUAGCCUACGGGGAGUUCCGCGCCAGCCGCAAAGCGCUGUCGGUGCUUCGCUUCAACCACCGCCGGGGCAACUUCCUCUUUACGGGCUCGUACGACAACAGGAUAGUCCUGUGGGACAUCGGAGGUGUGGAUAGCAGCUACAACUUUAAAGUUGUGCAGCUGCUGGCGUUGGAGAGCAGCGCCCCCCCGCUGCACAUCUGCAUGCCCCCGGGUCAGCCCGACGCCCACCUGUUGGUGGCGUGCGAGGAUGGCCUGCACUGUUACAACACACGACUAGCACCCAGCAACGCCACCAAGAGGUCCAAAGAAGUGGAGAUCACCUUCCCCGUGUACGAGAAGGAAGACAAAGACCAUGACUACCACACUGUGGACGGCCUCAGCUUUCUCACGGACGACAUUGUGGCCUCCAAGAACUUCACGCACAGCUGUAUCUACCUGUGGAGCUGGAGCAGGACGCGGUCUCAGCGGCCCAACAAGAGCGGAUGCAUGAGAGCCGCCAUCCUUGCCGAGCUGCGCUGGGCCAACACUGAGAUUCCUUACCUGGCUCUCAACACCUGUCCCGGUCGAGCUUACAUCGUGUGCGGAGACAACGAGGGUAGGCUGUGGACGUACCACGUCACUGAUGUCCAGAAGCAUGGCUUCCAGGAAGGAACACCCAUUGAACCCACCGAGGUGCUCCAGUGGCCCACCCCCGUCCGCAAGGGUCUUGGCCAGAUGGAGGGCCCGUCCAUCAACAGCGUGGCCAUGGACUCCGAACUCCAGUACCUGGUGGCCCUCAGUGACAAGAACAUGGUGAUGGUGUGGAAGAGAGGAGAGUCAUUGUGAAGAUUGAAUACUUGAAGAGCUUUUCAUUUAGAGGCUAUGUUGUUUUUUGUUAGAGUACCAAAUGUUGGUAUGUAAAAAUUCAGUGAAAUGUUACACCCUAUUCUGUGCUAUGUAAACAUGCAUACUACUGUAAAAACACCCUUUUAUUCUGUUUUUUUACACACAUUCUUUUUAGUACAAGAUAUACUGAUGUAAAAAUGUCAUAAUUUAGACAUGAAUUAUGCAAAUUGUACCAAGGAAUUGUCACUAUGUGACACAACCUUUUUGCCAAAAAUAUUAGAAAUACGGCUGCCAAGCAAUAAAAACAAUA